AGAUCUUUCUCUUUUGUGAUGUUCCGAAUGGCCUCGUCAGUGGCGCUGAGAGCUCGAGCUCGGAUGAUGGGUAUAAACGGGGUCAACGAACUCCCUCGUGGAUAUGUUCCCCGCCCUGGGAUGAAAUUACCGCAAAACCUGAGGCGCAUCCAAGGCUCUCCUGUGCUGCCUGGUGUGCAUCUGCCGAUCCCUGCUGGAGAGGCUGUCGAGAGAGGAGCUCAUGCAGUUUGCACGCAUGCGCAAAGUAGUGUGGGGACGCUGGUCGAGAUAGGAGAUGGGCGGAUGAUGAUUCCGAAGGUUCGAGUGGAGUUGAAUGAGGAUGGAAUCUUCACUGUGCGCAAAGAUACUUUUGAUGACCCAGCCACUGUGCGAGAGGCUCGGGAGGAACUGUUGGGGGAAUGCGAGAAAUUGGCUGCUUGCGAUUCGAAAUUUGCGUUGAAAUGGGUGCAAGCUUUGGCGAGAUGCGAUGCUAAGGAUCUCCAUUGGAUGCCCGAUGCCUUAGCGGAGAUCUUGACAAUUUCUGAUGAGGAAAAGGUAUCUCUUUUGGAGGAAAGGAGUUUGGUAGCUCGAGCGAGACGGGUUGGUGAUAUUAUUCGUGGAAAGAUUGGUGAUGGUGAGAAGAAUAGAGAGGAUAUCGAUCAGCUGAUCGAUUUGGGGAGGAAGAUCCCUCUUGGGAAUACUGGUGAUAGGACUCGACGGGUGUUUGAGAAGGAGUUAACGAGGCUAAGUCAGCUUGAGCCGAGCUCACAGGAGUACGCA